AAUUGUGUAUUGGUAUUGCAUAUUGAGAAGAAAAAAGAAAAUCUAAUAGUGAACCGUUUAACCGUUUUUAACGACCUCUUGUGCUCGCGCUUUCCAUGCCAUCUCUUUCAUUCAUUAUUUUCUUCCAUAGCCAUUCCCUUCUUUGGGGUCAAAGCUAACGCGUUUUCUUCAUAGUUUUCUCUGAAAUCAUCGAGUCAGUCAGCACAGAGACCCCCAAAAUCGGAUUUAUACAUUGCUACCUGAAAUUCUCUCAUCGGGUUUAUCCAUCUAAUUUGCUCUCUUCCCUCUGUCAUGUUAUCCAUUAUCUGAAUCUGAAUGGUUUUUGAGAACCUUCUUUUAUAUUUAUAUAGCCUUAUUAUUACCCAAAUUGGAUUGUUUUGGUUAGUAACCUUGGUAGUGGGUUCUUAUCAAUCUUUGUACAUGAAAAUCAUGGCGUCUUUGAAGUCUGGUGUUCUUGUAAAGUUUCUUGAAGAUAUGAAAAUUGGAGGUAAUGCCUCCGAUGAUGAAAAAACCAUAUUGUUGCAAAUCAGAAGCAUCAUUCCUGUCCUUGAAGAAGGCGAUCUUUGGCCUAACAGAGGAUUUUACCUCAAAGUUUCAGAUAUUUCUCAUGCAAUAUAUGUUUCUUUGCCCCAAGAGCAAAAUGAGAUGAUUCUUGCAAAUCAAUUGAAAUUAGGUCAAUUCAUUUAUGUAAAAAAAUUGGAGGAUGCUCACCCUUUUCCGUUGAUAAGGGGCGUAACGCCUCUCCCUGGUAGGCGCCCAUGUGUGGGAACCCCUCAAGACAUUGAUUCCGUUGCAAAUGUAAUGAACAUUCUUCAGGCAUCUAAUUCUGAUUGUAUUGUUGAAAAAACUGUAAUUUCUGAGAAUAAAAUAAUUGAAAUCCCUUCCAAUUCACGAAAAUUGGCUCGUAGAUUAUCUGAUUCUGAUGGGUUUAAGAACAAAAAUGAUCAUUUGGAAAGUAAAUCUAAAGGCAAAUUUCGCUCUCUCAGUGCUUCAAAAUUUCGUUCAAGUGACAAGACGGUGGGCUUGGAUUGCACUGCUAAAAGAUCUGAUAGUGAGAGGAGAAAUUCUCAUCUUUUUCGGGAAAUACAAAAAAGAAAGAAAAGAUCUUUUGACAUUGACAGUGAUACAGAGAGCAUAUUGUCAUUGGUCUCAUUUUCGUCUCAUAAUUCAAAGAGAAGAAGUUGGAAUGAGUCGGAGAUUUUGGAAGUUAAAGAAAUUUUCGAUUCUUCAGUUGUCAAGCACGAUAUCAGACCACCUCGUAGUCACAGUCCAACUGUUUCGUCAGUUCGUUCUGUAAGGUAUGAUAGCUCCGAUGACAAUUCAAGUUCAAUACCAAGAAGAAGAGGAGUAGGCUCUGCAAAGAAAAUGAAGAGUUCCACUAAGAGCAAAGCUUCUUUCUCAAAGAUAAACUGUGAGCAAGCCUCAGAGACAAUUGACCGCUUUGCUAAUGACAGACAAGGGGCAGAAACUGGUAUAUCAUGGGACUCACUCCCCUCGAGCUUGGUGAAGCUUGGAAAGGAGGUUGUAAAGCAAAGAGACAUCGCUCUGGUUGCAGCUACUGAUUCUUUGCAAGAAGCGUGUGCAGCUGAGAGGUUGCUCAAUUCCUUAAGCAAGUUUUCAGAGUUCCAUUUAGCUGAACAAGAUGAUCUCCAGCCUCAUGUUGAUAAUUUUUUUGAUCUUCAAGAUGACAUGGCUCAGACACGAUUAAUAUUACAGUCACUUACAAAUAUAAGUCCACUUAGAACUUCAGGAGAAGCUGCUCAUUCAACUUAUAACACCAGUUCAGUUAAGGAAGCAUUGACCAUUGCAGUUCAGAGAAAGAAAAAUUCAUCCAUGUGGAUAAAAUCUGCUGUGGCUCUUGAUCUUUCACCAUGCUCCACUGUUCUCAAUCCAAUCCGUAACACUAUGGCUGUCACCAAUACGCCGAAGAAGUCAAGCAUAUCAAAUCGAAGUACCAAACCUAAUGGGUCAUAUAUUAUCAAAUCACAUAGGAACACUGAUGAGAUUCCCUUCUUAUUGUCGUCUGACAAAGAUGAGCAGCCUGACUGGACUAGAGGAAGCACAAUGCCUACAGCCACUUUCCUAGCUUCUUCAUUGCAGAACGAGUGUAGAAAAUUGUUUUUGGGACAUGUAGAGAAGUACCUAGAUGAGGUUGAAAUAAAAGCCUCUUCAAUGGUAGUAGAUAGUCAAAUAGCAGAAAUGAUGUAUAAGGUGAAGAGAGUCAAUGAUUGGUUAGAUAUGAUAAUCAAUAAGGAGGCGAAUGCUGGAAAGGAUGGAAGCUUCGAUGAUUCAGAAAUUGAAGUUUGUCAAAAGGUAAGGAACAAAAUAUAUGGGAUCUUACUGAAGUAUGUUGAGAGAACUGCUAUGGCUUUUGGAAGUAGCAGUUAAAGGCCUGGUGAUAUCAAACUUGAAGACUGUAUAUUGAAGCCACAAAGUUCAGAUAUAAGUACAAUACUUGCUACGUAUAAAAUGUGAGAGUGAAAAUGUAUACAUGCAUAGAUCUUCUCUAAGAGAUGAUUUGUGCAUCAUUUUUUUUUUCAUUUCCACUCUCCUGAAUACUUGAUAUUUCUUAGUAUAUCUUAACACUGUUGUCUGUGCAGACAUCCUGUAAAUAUAACUCCACGUAAAUGUGCAAUACAGAUACUGAGUCCAUGAUUAUGAUUUAUGAGUA